AUGGCAGAGGUGACAGCACAAGGAAACCCACGUGUCUUGCAAGCUCGCGCAAGAGCGGUUUCCGGUUUGCAGGACGAGACGCCGUCAGCAGUUCACAAUGAUACUCCACUGCGUCUCUCACGUGAAUGCUUGCUGUGUAUCUUUUGUGUAUAUGUAUUCCUGUCUGGACCGUUAUACUUUAACUGGUCUCCACUUGCUGAAAUGUGGCUCGCGUCAGGUAGCUUCCGUGAAGCGUGUGAUCCUGGUGAGCUCGAUUCAUCGAAACCAGAGACCGAGCCCAAAUGCCAAGAGGAGGAAAUCGCAGUCCAAGGGUUUUUCGUUAUCACUGUGAUGUGUGACAUGUGCUUCUCGUUGCUCUCUGGUUUCUUGUUAGACUCUGUAGGACCCAAGGUAACAGCUGUGAUAGGUUCCACAGCGCUUACGAUCUCGUGGAUUGUCAACGGAAUAUCCAGGCAUUUACUAACAGCUCACGCUUCAAUCAUGCUUAUGAGCGCCAGCUUGUCCAUGGCCUUCCUCCCCUGUCUUAUCAUUGCCAAUCUCUUCCCUAAUGCACGCAACACCGUGAUUGGCCUCCUGACGUGUUUCCGCUAUUUGUCGGGCACGGUACCCAUUGUUUUGAAGACUGUCUUUUUGGGGAAUCGCUCAGUGGAGGACACUCGCUCCGCCGCCUAUACCUACGGGUUGUUGUGCGUUGGAUCGUGUGUGUUCAUGGCAGCUUGCUUCUUCCCCUCAAAGAAAUGGCAGCGUAUACGAGCCCUUCCGUGUCCCAGGGAAAGUGGGACUCCAGCUCCCGAGGAAGCGUCGCUCCAGUCUGCUCACCGCACAAACACACCAAAUGACAGAAUCAUUUCCGACACCGAAAUAACUCUCACCCGCAGACAAAGCUUUUCCAGAUGGUGUCGCGAUAGUCUAGCCACUUGCUUAGGCGCACCAUCACGUACAAUAGACUCUCUCGACGCUGCCAACCUGAGAUGUGACCUCGUUCGAAGUGAAGAGCGAGGCACCACGGAUGCCAGGGUUCUUUCUUGGAAUGACUGGAGAGAAUUUUUCUUCGAGGCAUCAUCCUGCGUAUUUGUUUGUAUGUGUCUGUUUGAGACAAUGCUGCUUAUUGGUGAAAUCUUCUUCCAAACGGCUGGGAGACGUCUCAUACCUCUAGCAUACAAAGCGACUGAAGUGAUAAACAUUUUGGCUGCCCUUCCAGUCCCUCUUAUAGGAUUCCUGGCAGACAGACGAGGAAUAACCGCAUCCAUGUGCGUUGUUAACGUAAUCGAAUUGCUCGCAUUAAUUUUCACCAUCAUUCCUGAAUUCCCCACUAUUGGCGCAUGCCAAUAUCUGGCGUCUUCUUUUAUGGCUGUAGCCUCUCCGUUCCUCGUUACCCAGAUUUAUUGUUACGUUUUUCAGAGCUUCCAAGAGGCGCACACGGGAAAACUUAUAGGCUUGGCGUGUUUCAUUGUGGCAGUUCCAAUGAUUGCAGUUCUUUCGAUGGUGAAGGCUGGAUUCCAUAGGGGCUUUUUCGACAUGUUGCUUGCCUGCAUUGUGAUGCUUGUUGUGAGUUUGUUGCUUCUCGGUGUCAUUGCGAUUCUCCGCGUGCGACGAGCAACGACGGUACUCUCAAGCAUUCAUUCAGAGGACCCGUUGCACGAGUGA